UGGUUCCGCGCUGUCUCUAGCUUUCCAUCCAUUUUAAAUUCCCCCUGCACUGCGGUCCGCAGCCUUCACAGUCCGGGUUCCCGCGUUCCGGCGUUCCCGUGUUCUCCCGCUGCGGGUUCCGCGUUGCGCUCCGGGAAGGGGCCUGCGUUUUCUGCCGGAGGAAUCGCUAGGGCGAGUGGCCGAGCGCCCUGUGCAAAGCCAGAGAUCCAGAAAUCCCAGUGUCAACUAAUGGAGAGCCAGAGCCUCCUUCUGGCUGCAUGAGGAGCAAGCCUUGUUAAUGGUCAUGCUACAGAAACUGAGGUUUGGAGAAAGAAUAAUGGCUUUCAGCCUGGGUUGGAAAGCUCCCAGGGGCUGCUGGAAUCUCCUGCAGCCUGUGAGCAGCGGGUUCCCGCUGUUUUCCUGGAGAACAGCAGGAAGCUACUUGGACCCCAAGGUGAAAGCAUUCGUGGAGGACAACACUGAAGUGACCAGCAGUGGCAGCCUCACCCCUGAAAUCCAGUUACGGCUUUUGACCCCCAAGUGCAAAUUCUGGUGGGAAAGGGCUGACCUGUGGCCCUACAGUGAUCCCUACUGGGCAAUCUACUGGCCAGGAGGCCAGGCCCUAUCUAGGUAUCUUUUGGAUAACCCAGAUGUUGUUAGAGGAAAGUCUGUCUUAGAUUUUGGAAGUGGAUGUGGAGCCACAGCUAUUGCUGCCAAGAUGGGCGGAGCAGCCAAGGUCUUGGCCAACGACAUAGACCCCAUUGCAGGAAUGGCUGUUGUACUAAAUUGCAGAUUGAAUGGACUGAAUCCCUUUCCCAUUUUAACCAAAAACAUUUUGAAUAUGCAACAAGGUAAGUGGGACCUCAUUGUCCUUGGAGAUAUGUUUUAUGAUGAAGACCUUGCAGAGAGUCUUCAUCGGUGGCUGGAGAACUGCUUUUGGACCUACGGAACCCGAGUACUGAUUGGUGACCCUGGACGACCCCAGUUCAGUGGACACAGAAUCCAGCACCAACUGCACCGACUAGUAGAAUACAUACUUCCGGAGCCAACACAACAGGAAAACAAUGGAUUGACCACGAGCACUGUGUGGGAUUUUCAGCCCUGAACUGUCAAAAAGUGCUUUCCAGUAUGAAUAUAGUUCUGUUUGGAUCAGACCUGAAAAAUUUCCUCUGUAGGAGAUACUCCACAGUUCAAAGAAUGCAAUUCCUGUCAAAUGGCAAGUCUUUACAAAAUAUAAAAGAUUUUCAACCUUUGUCAAGUAACUAGGCACUUCUGUUCAUACCAACCAGACAGCUCUCCACCUGUGAUUGUUUGGCUACAUUUACUCUUCUAGAAAUUAUAGAAGGCAACACCCAGUAAGGGUAAUGUGUAAUAAAAGUGGUAGAGAAUAAUUAAGGACAUUGUAGCAGAAUCUGUUUCUGUAGUUGAAGAUACCUGUAAUUAUAUUCCUUUGACUCAGAUGAAAUAUAGAGUACUGCAUUUAAAAAAAUGAUGUAAAAUUCAAGGAUGUAGUCAGUAUGGUAUGGAGUUCAAAGACUUUGGAAUUAGAAAACUGCCACUUUGUAGCUGGGAUACUGGGCUGGUUAAAUAUUUUUUAAUUUUUUACUUUUUAAAAAAUUUCUUUGAGACAGUCUCAUGUAUCACUGGCUGACCUUGAAUUUGCUAAGUAGCAGAGAGUGACCUUGAACAUCCUCAUCAGCCUGUUUCCACCUCCUAAGUGCAGGGAUUACAGGUCCUAUGACCAUACCCAGUUGAAUGCAAUGCUGGGGAUCAAACCCAGGGCUUCAUUCAUGCUAGGCAAGCACCCUGCCAACUGAGCUAAAUUCCU